CGCCAAGCUCCACGAUCAACCCCACGUUUCCAAACACAAACCCAACCUUUCCCCCCGAACCAUGCACAGCUGGCUACAAUCACAAUGCUAACCUCCGGUUUCACCAACGCGCCUGUGUCGCGCUUCCUGGUCUUCUGGGUUGUAACCGGCGCGCUGCUCGCGAGCUUGACGGACACGAGAUACUAUCUGCACAUCGAGGUGGUGCCGCACUUAUGGGGGUACGGACAGUGGUGGAGGGCGGUGAGCUGGGUGGCAUGCUACACGAACUCCUCCGAAGUCCUCUUCGCAGCAAUGACAUUCUACCACUUAAGGGUGAUUGAGCGGUUGUGGGGGAGUCGAAAGUUCGCUUCCUUCCUCCUCUCCACAGCACCCUACACAACCCUCCUGCCCCCGCUCCUCCUCGCCCUAUUCGUGCGCCCUCUAACCUUCGGCCGCAUCAACACGCUCCCCGCCGGCCCGACCACCGUCCUCUUCGCCCUGCUCGUGCAGUACCACGCCGCGAUCCCGAUUAUCUACAAGUAUAAACUCGCUGCUAGCGCCACUCCUGCCCCUACGGCUGGUCCCGGGGCUACGUCUGCGUCUGGUCCCAGAGGCCUAGUGAACACAUCCAUCACGUUGACGUCAAAGACGCUGAGUUAUGUGCUACCGGCCCAACUCGCGCUCUCGGCCCUCCCUGGCUCUGCGUUGGCGGCGGCGGUGGGGUGGGCCGUGGGCACGGCGUAUCGGCGGGAGUUGCUGCCGGGGGCGAGUGGGUGGAGGGUGCCGGCGUGGGUGGUUGGGGAGAAGCAGGGGCAGGCGAGGAGUGGGGGGUUUGAGGGGUUGAGGCGAAGACUGGAGGGGGAGAGGGAGGGUGGGAUAUUGGCGGGCGAGGGCGUUGUGGGGGGGGGGGCAGAUGGGGGAAGGGGAAGGGGGACGGGGAGGAGGAGGACGUUGGGGGGGCUGGUUGCUGGGCAGUUUGGGGGUGGGGGACAGACUUGA